AUGGAUCGCUUCGGCCGCAAAUUCACAAUUCAAAUGGGCGCGUCGAUAUGUCUCAUUGGCGCAACUCUCCAGGCGGCGGCCCAGAACUUGGCGAUGAUCCUAGUGGGUCGUAUCUUGGCAGGAUGGGCCGUCGGGCUCAUGUCCAUGUCAGUCCCGGUCUAUCAAGCCGAGUUUGCUCAUCCGAAGUCGCGUGGCCUCAUUGUGGGUUUGGCACAGCAAAUGAUUGGAGUUGGGUUCAUCGUCAGCACAUGGAUAGGAUAUGGCUCCCUCCACGCAUCAGAUUCCAGCCAGUUUCAAUGGCGCUUCCCACUGGCUUUCCAGGUGGUCCCGGCGUUGGUGUUAGUCAUUGGAAUGAUCUUUCUACCCGAGUCUCCACGAUAUCUGAUCGAGAAGGGGAGGUAUUCGGAAGGAAAGCGGGUGUUGCACAGGCUGCAUUUUGACGGUAUCAACGAGGAUUGGAUUGAGGCAGAGUACAACGAGAUCUGCCGAACGAUCCAAGCCGAGCAGUCAGUGGCUGUGCAGGGCUGGAUGCCCAUGUUCACCGUCCCACAAUGGCGGACUCGGAUGCUGUUCGUUGCAAAUAAUACCCCCAGGGACCGUUGUUUGAAACCCCAAGCUAACGGAUAUCCCAGUCAUGGACUCGCAGUUCAAGCUUUCACCCAAAUGACCGGUAUUAACGUGAUCGGGUACUAUCAAACGAUCAUGUACAAGGCGCUCGGGUUCACGGGGAGCCGUAACACGCUGGUCGCCGGCCUCUACAACUGUGUAGGCCCUAUCGCAAACCUCAUUUUCAUCGUCUUCAUCCUCGAUCGCGUCGGUCGCCGUAAGCCGUUGCUUUUCGGUACGGUAGGCAUUUCGCUCGCGCUGAUCUGCGAGGGAGCGUUGAACUCGCAGAACCCGGAUGGUCAACGUAUUGGAUACAGCAUUGCUGGGGUCUUCUUUCUUUUCGCCGUGUCGGUAAUCUUCUCGCUAUCGUAUGGACCUGUUGGGUGGGUGUAUAUGGCCGAGGUGAUGCCGAUGCAGAUUCGGGGUAAGGGUAACGCCUUUGCUGUUGCGAUUGGAAACUGGGCAGUCAUGAUCUACUUUUAUUUCCCAGAGACCAAGCAGAAGACGCUCGAGGAGAUUGACAAGCUGUUUGAGCGAGCGCUGGAGCGAAUUCCCGAGGAUGGAAAUGUGGUACUGCGGUCGGAGAAGGAGGGAGCAGGGGUUACGGCGAUGAACGUCGAGAACGUCGAGACCGCUGGAUGUAUCCACGGGUAG